AUGGCAUCAGAAAGUCAUGUUGUUGUAAAGUCUGAUCCUUUUGUGAAAAGCAUGUUAUCAAUGAUCAGAUCUGAUGUUGGGAAAAUGAACAAGGCAGAAACCUUAUACACCAGAAGUGAGACAGAAAAUGGAGAUGUAAAGUAUCUGAUCUCUUCAGCUGACUGUCAACAAGUGUGGGAGCCUGAUGUAGAACCCCUUGUAUCUUCCCAAAUAUGGUUGCAAAAUAAUGGACUCAAGAAAAAGCGACUAACCCUUCAUCAAAUUCUUCCUACUAUUGGCUUCAAAUUCAACGAAAAUGAGAGUCUUGAAAAGUCAGUGUCAUCCCGCUAUGGUAGGCAACUGUUCAGCCAGUUAAUGCGACCAGAUGGAAAGACAUUUAAUAUUUCCUGCAACAAAGACAAAUUGUACCACCUUGAGAAGAAUCUGCUUCAGGCUAUCUAUCUUUUUAAGAGGCGAAUAGAGUGGCUGACUACAGAGAGCAGACGAACUUUUGGUGUUAUUGAAGAAAAAUCUGUGAUUAUUGUACUAAACUUCAAUCACGUGACAGCACAACAGUUCAACCAGUACAUGACAGCACUAGAAAGUGUUCUUCGACAACAAGUGUCACAGAUUUCCACAUUUAACAUCAUCAGAGCUUGUGAGGACAUGCAGCUGUUUAGUCCUGAGACUGUGUCUGUUUCCUGUGAAACUAUUGAGAGUGCUGUAAAGUGGAUAUGGAGCCUAGAUCCUCUGGCUGCAACCUCACAGACCUCAACUGUAGAAGCUGUUCUCAAGGCCCUGAGUGAUAAACAUACUAGAGCUGUUUACUUAUACACUGAAGGAACAUCUGUAAAUGAUGGAAGGGAGAUUUUGAAACAUAAAGUUCUCGUAACCAAAAAUUCAGUUCCAGUGCAUGUUGUUUCAUUCAACUGUGAUUGUCCUGAAACCAUCACAUUUCUGAGGGAAUUUGCUGAGUCCACAAAUGGAAGGUUUCAUGCAUACGCUGUAGUUAUGGAUUUGGAUGCUUAUGAAACAAAAUCUGGAGAUGGUACAACAAACAGAGCUAACAUUAUCUUAAAGCGUAAGACCUUGGAUGUGGUCCUUAUCUUUGAGGAGAUGGAGGAAGCACGUAGCACUUUGGAGCAGUUACGUCUUCUGAGAGAAAAGCUACCCACUUUCAGCGUGCCCAUUAAUAGGAUUGAUCCUGCUCAAAACAGCACUUUGACAGAGGAACAUUUUGUGACUUCAAGAGAGUGGUUGAAAAGCAAUGGACUUAAUGCCAAAGGACUUCAGUGGCAUGAGAUUGUGUCUCGUUUGGCUUUCAGACACACAGACACAGUAGUAGACCUCAUGCAUCCUUGUGAAAGUCAAACUGAUGCUGUUGUAAAGCAGAAGUUAGUCAAUGCCUGCUAUUGUGAUGAGCUGUUUCCUGUUGUGAAACUCAAAGAUGGACAAGUGUUUCAUGUCUUUGUUACUUCCGAUAUCUACAGAAGCUAUGAAGAGAAGAUACAUGGAGUGAUACAUAGAAUACAGCAGAGAAUUGACUGGCUAAAGGCAGGAAGCCGUGCACUCUUUGGUACAUUAGUAGAGGAGCACGUUUACAUCCUCAUCGACACAUCAGCUUCAAUGGAAAAUAGUUUGGCAUUUGUCAAACAGAAAAUAUUUGUUCUCAUGCAGGAACAGUUGCGCUACAAGAAACAAUUCAACAUUAUAGCAUUCAACACAAAAGCAGUUGCUUGGAAAGAUCGAAUUGUGGAUGUUUCAGAACAUUCUUUACGAGCUGCAUGGGCUUGGGUUCAAAGUUUAACAUGUAGUGGGUCCACAAACACUCAUGCUGCUAUUGAUAUGGCUAUGGGUGAUCCACAAACUGAGGCUAUUUACUUGCUGACAGAUGGCAGACCUGAUCAGCCCCCCAGCACAAUAAUUUUCCAUACAAUUUCCUUCAACUGUAAUGACACUGAGGCAAACACAUUUCUGUAUGACUUGGCCAAGGUUACUGGAGGCAGAUAUCAUUGUUUUUCUCAGAAUGGACACCUUGUUGAUCAGCCUCAAGCAUGGGAGAGUAUGGACAUAAAAGAGCUGAAAGAUGAAAUCAGUCGUGGAAUAGAACUCCUUCAUGAGUUGGCAAGGCUUCGAGACGAAAGCUCCAGACUUUCUUGGAAGAAAGGAGCAACUGAUCUUAGGCGCAGACUUAACAGAGGUCGGCAUUAUCAUACAAAAACCAGCAGUGGCAGAUUUACUCCAAAUGAAUGGAUGCUUCCAGAGACAAAAGUGUUAUUUCAAAAACAGGCAGAGAAACGAAGAGCUGAUUCAGACAAACACUCAAGUAGACGCCUGCUUCAGUCACAAUUCACUAAAUCAAGCAAGCCUAGUGUGACUUCAUCAGUGACUGAAAGUGUGGCAGUUGCAAACCAGAGUUCAGAGAAAGGAAAAACAUUGUCAAGCAAACAGUGGCUUGCUAAACAUGGCCUUGCAGCAAAGCAUUUAACAAUCAUGGACGCCCUUGGAAGCACAUUUGUUUCACACAAGCCAAAAUAUGUCUCAGUUCUGGAUAAAUAUAUUUCAGGGAAAGUGUUCAAUGAGAUUAUGCCAAUGGCAUUUGUGUCUAGUGAUCAAAGAAUGUAUUUCUUCAAUCCGGAUGGAAUUAACUUGAAGGAGUAUGAGAAUAGUGUCAGAGCUGCCAUGGACAAAUUUAGAAAACGACUAAAUACUAUUGUGUGGGAAGCACUGCCACCAUCUUCAAGAAAAGAGUUUGACUCUACUGAGCCUUUUCUAUUUGAAAAUAAUAAGGAAAAGAUGCUUCAGCUAUUGCAAGAAGCUGACUGGCCAGUAGCAGAAAUGGAUGUUUGUCUUCUUCUGGAUGAAAUUGCCAAAGGAGAGAAAUAUUUUAACCAAUCCAGGGUGCUUCGCAGGGCACCAGUUAGUGGAAAUGCCCAUACAGAUAGAAAAGAGAAAACAAGUGCUUCAAAUUCUUCAAGUGAAAGUUCACACAGAUCAAGGUCAAGCAGUUCUGUGAGCUCACGUCACAAUUCACAACCAAGUGGGGAAAAUUCACCAAGACGGUUGAGGUCGCGGUCUCUUUCAAGUCAUGAUGCCCACUCUAACCCAGAAAACGUUUCUUCAGCAAAACGGGAAAUAUCUUCUUCAAAAGCAAUGUCAAGAUCAUCUUCAAGCAGUAGCAACAGAUCACAUUCCAGCCCAACAUCUCGGUCAAAGAGUCCUGGACAAACUGCUUCACCCAUUCCUGUAAAUAGUUCCAGAAGAUCAACUUCAAAUUCCCCUUCUGAAAGUAGUAGUAAACAACUUACAAUACACAGGGGUCGUGCAAUGAAGACUGAUGUAACAUCUGCUACAGUUGAGAAAAAUCUUCAGAGGCAAUCAAAAAGCAUUUCUCAUUCCAGUGGUAAUCAACAGCUCAAGAAACCUAAUACCAAAUCAUCAUCAUCAUCUGCUUUGAAAUCACAGUUAGUUUCUUCCAGUAAAGAUGGUAAGCAUCAAAACACUGCAAGGCAUCUUUCAGCAAGAGAAAGGCUCAAAACAUCCAGAAAAAGGUCACAGACAUAUAGGGAACAUGUACACAAGCAAAUUAGCAUAUCACAGAUUGCUGAGAAAGUCCAGAACUCAUCUAAAAAAGGCAAGGGCAAGGGUCACGUAAAACGUAGACCCAUGACAGGUCAAAAAGUCAUUGCUAAAAUGGAUGAGGACGGACUGUAUUACCCAGGUUUUCAUAUGUUUUUGUUUGCUUCUAAAUGUAAACUUUAUUUUCAUUACUGUAGGUUUUUAAUAAGUUGUUUUUGUAUAACAUGCAAAAGAUACAACUAA